CUGGAUAGAUCCAAGGGCAUUUUUGACCAUAAAGGAAACUUCUAGACGACGCCGUUUCUCUGUUGAAAUGCAUCUACUAAAGCGGGCCCGAUCGUUCCUGUUGCUCUCCGCAUAUUUUGUGAGAUCUGAGAAGCGAGAACAGGGAGAACGAAGCGAAGCUGCUAUGGCGUACUUCUCCAGGAGGGACGAUGACGCCGACAAUUACGAGUUUGACGAGUACGAUCCGGCGCCUUACAACGGUGGCUACGACAUCACACUCACAUACGGGCGCCCUCUGGAGCCGUCCGAGGAGACCUGCUAUCUCCCAUCGUCGUCGUCGUCCGCCGGUGAUUUCGAUUACGAUCGCCCCAACUACACUUCCUAUUCUGAGCCCUCCGCAUACGGAGACGAGGCUCUCGCUACUGAGUAUAGUAGCUACGGUCGUCCGAAGCCACGGCCCGCCCCUGCCUACGGCGGUCCUCCGCCGGGAGUGUCUUAUGGCGAGGAAGGGUUCGGAGGCGGAGGCGGAGGCGGUGGAUAUGGGUCGAAGCCUGAGCCGAAUUAUGGGUUCCAGCCGGGAAUGAACCCGCCGUCAUAUGGUGGAGAAAGCGAGUUUGGAUCAGGCUAUGGCCGUAGGCCUGAAUCGGGUGUGCCGAGUUCGGAAUAUGGAUCUCAGUACGGUCGGAAGCCUGAAUUUGAAGUGCACAAUUCCGGAUACGGUCGGAAGCCUGAAUAUGAGGAGCCAAGUUCGGAAUAUGGAUCUGGCUAUGGCGGCCGGAAGCCUGACUAUGAAGAGCCCACUUCCGAAUAUGGAUCUGGGUAUGGUCGGAAGCCUGAGGUGCCUAGUUCCGAAUAUGGAUCUGGGUACGUUCAGGAUACGGGAUAUAAGGCACCGAGUUCGGAAUAUGGAUCUGGGUACGGUGGGAGGACUGAAUAUGAAGAACCCAGUUCGGAAUAUGGUGCUGGUUACGGUCAGAAGCCGGGAUAUAGGAAGCCGAGUUCGGAAUAUGGAUCUGGCUAUGGCGGACGGACUGAAUCUGACGCGCCCAGUUCAGAAUAUGGUUCUGGGUAUGGUCGAAGGACUGAACAUGAAUCUGGGUAUGGUCAGAGGACUGAAACUGAAGUGCCCAGUUCUGAAUAUGGUUCUGGGUAUGGUCGGAAGACCAGUUUCGGAGAGGAUCAGGAUAGCGGGUACGGUAGAAGGACCGAGAGGCCUGGGCACGAGGUCUCAAGUUAUGAAAGGCCAAGUUAUGGGGCUUCUGAGGUGGAGGAGCCGCCUCAGAGGCAGAGCUAUGGAAGACAGAGUUAUGAGACUCAGGAAGAAGGGGGAUAUGGAAGGCCAACUUAUGAGAGGCCAAGCUAUGAGAGGUCUGAGGAAGAGGAGUACAGGAAACCUACUUAUGAGAAGCCCAGUUAUCAGAGGCGUGAUGAUGAAGACGAGCCUCGCAAAUAUGGCUAUGGUGAGGAGAGCUAUGGUCGCAAGAAAUAUGGAGACAACUCUGAUGAUGACGAUGAGAAGAAGAAACAUCAUCAUAAGCACCAUCACCGCAAGCACUAUGAUGAUUGAGAAGAAUGCAGGCUUGCUUUAUGAAAUGGGAUCAUGCCUCUUUAGCUACUAAAUAAAGGUUGAAGGCAUGCCAUCCCUUUUAUUGAUGCUAGUAUUGUUUCUGCAUUAUGUUUAUGCGGUGCGUCUCUAUAAUGUAUGAACCCCUAUGGCAUUGAUGCUGAUGCUGGUGUUCUUGUGUUUCUUAAUAAAACCCCUAACAUUUGGGUGGGUUUGUUCU